CGGUUGGAGCGGUACCCACUGUGGGGCUAAGCCCUUGAAGAACGUGAAAUACUGUCAUAUGAGGAGUGAAACAUUUGUUUUGAUUUUACAAAAUCAUAAUUUCUCUACAAAAUCCGCAAUUCCGUCGAAAUACGCUCAAUAUGUAGAGCAAAAUCUGCUGCAAACUAUCGCAUAAAGAGAGGUGUAGUGUUGAGGUAUUAAAAAUUGCUGCUACGAAAGAGAACAAGAACGCCCGCGGUCGCGUUAUACUUGAGAGCUGCAGAAAAAGCGUAGAAAAAGUUGAAGGACACUUUUUGUGCGACGAGACAAGUGUCGUUUGCCACGGCCGAGACGUAGAAGCGAGUUCCCGUGUAGAUCGUUGCUACUGGACGGGAUGGCCGAUAAAGGUUCACAGCCGGGCACGACGGUUCAGCCGUUGGUGAAGAUUGGACACUACAGUCUGGGUGCCACCCUUGGCACGGGAUCGUUCGGUAAGGUCAAAAUCGGUGAGCACCAGGUGACGAAGCAUAAGGUGGCGGUCAAGAUAUUGAAUCGGCAGAAAAUCAAAAGCCUUGAUGUGGUGGGCAAGAUCCGGCGGGAGAUACAGAACCUUAAGCUGUUCCGCCAUCCGCACAUUAUCAAACUGUACCAGGUUAUCUCGACGCCGACCGAUAUUUUCAUGAUUAUGGAGUACGUGAGCGGUGGCGAGCUGUUUGACUACAUUGUAAAGAACGGCAAGCUGCAGGAGUCGGAAGCACGGCGAUUUUUCCAGCAGAUCAUUUCCGGCGUUGAUUACUGCCACCGGCACAUGAUUGUACAUCGUGAUUUGAAGCCGGAAAACUUGCUGCUCGAUCACAAUCGUCAUGUGAAGAUUGCGGACUUUGGCUUGUCGAACAUGAUGCUGGAUGGGGAGUUUUUGCGCACGUCUUGCGGUUCACCAAACUAUGCCGCACCGGAAGUCAUUUCCGGCAAGCUGUACGCGGGACCCGAGGUGGACAUAUGGUCGUGUGGUGUCAUACUGUACGCAUUGCUCUGUGGCACCCUGCCCUUUGACGACGAGCACGUUCCAACGCUGUUCCGUAAGAUCAAGUCAGGCGUGUUUCCCAUUCCAGAGUAUCUUAACAAACAGGUGGUCAGUUUGCUGUGCCAGAUGCUGCAGGUAGAUCCGCUGAAGCGGGCCACGGUAGAGGAAAUUAAGAAGCACGAAUGGUUCCAGAAGGAGCUACCGGCCUAUCUGUUUCCAUCGCCCGUCGAACAGGACAGUAGCGUCGUGGAUACGAACGCGAUUCGCGAGGUGUGCGAUAAGUUUGGCGUGAAGGAGCACGAGGUGCACAAUGCACUGCUGAGCGGGGACCCGCACGAUCAGCUUGCGAUCGCGUACCAUCUGAUCAUCGAUAACAAGCGCAUCGCGGAUGAGGCGGCCAAAGCGGAGCUGAAGGAGUUCUACGUUGCUGGCAGUCCACCACCACCGGGAGCGGACAGUAAGUUCGGUAUCCCGCAAGGGCCACCAUCGCUUGGCGGUGGUUCGGCACAGGGCACACCAAACGAACCGUUCAAGUCGCCAUCGAUUCACCCGGAACGUAUCGCACCGCUACGGGAGCGCCCGGUACAUACGGCAGCCCAGAACGUGCCCUCACCGGCACUCAGUAACAUGUCCCCUUCGACCGUGAUGCCGAUCGACAAGCACCGCGGUACACCGGUGAAGCGUGCCAAGUGGCACCUUGGCAUUCGAUCACAAUCGAAACCGAACGAUAUCAUGCUGGAGGUGUACCGCGCCAUGAAGGCGCUCGAUUUCGAGUGGAAAAUCAUCAAUCCGUACCAUGUCCGCGUACGCAAGUACAACGCACGUAACGACAAGCACGUAAAGAUGUCGCUCCAAUUGUAUCAGGUCGAUCCGAAGAACUAUUUGCUAGAUUUCAAAUCGCUCACGAACGACGAGGUAGAGCAGGGCGAUGAUGUAAUUAUGGAAAGUUUAACACCACCGCCACCGGUCGGUUUCGGUGGCAUGGGUAUUCCGAACCUUCAGCCGAGCGGUCACCAUACGAUGGAAUUUUUCGAGAUGUGCGGUGCCUUAAUAGCGCAGCUGGCACGCUAAUCGGUAGAAAGGCGGCUCUAUACUGCUGCGAAGGCGGCGGCAAUGGAAGAACCAUAUUUUAUUAGAUUAUUUAACGCUGUAGAUGAAAGCCAAAAACAAACAUGGAAGGAAGCUGUGUAAGUUGCUGUAGGAAAACAAAAAAUGAUAAUAUAUAGAAACACGCCUUAAAGUA